UCUUUCCCAUAAAUCAAAACAAUCCCAUUCUUCUCUUUUCUACUUUCCCUAUUAUCACACCAAUCAGUCCCCAAAAGACUCUUAAUUGUUCUCUCUAAAAAUGGCUCGUGUAAGCUUUGUUUUGGUAGCAGCAAUAGCCGCAAUGCUAGUUGUCUCCACCUUUGCACAGUCACCGGCACCUUCACCGUCCCUACAAGCUCCGAGAAAGAUUUCUCCUGCUCCGGCGGUGACCGCCACAACACCGGCCACUGCUCUCACUCCUUCCACCGAUGCUACAUCUCCAUCAUCGAUCUCUGAUUCUCCUGCCGAUGCUCCUUCUCCAGCUCAAAACGGCGCCGUUUCAGCUUCGUUCACUGUGGUUGGAUCUAUGGCCGUUGUCGUUUUGGCUUCGGUUUUCGUCAUGUAAAGUGCUGACUUGAUAUUUUGAUGUUUAUAAAUUUGUUACAAUUAAUUUUUUUUUAUUAUUAUUAUUGUGAUAAUUUCCUGUGUACCUAUUUAUAUUAUGAUUAUCGUAUCAUCAUUUAUAGUGAAUGAAGGGAGCUGUGUUUACCCAUUUUUAUAUCA